GGCAGGUUUUGAGUCCCACCAUGGCUAUCACACAGUUUCGGUUAUUUAAAGUUUGCACCUGCCUUGCAACAGUAUUCUCAUUCCUAAAGAGAUUAAUAUGCAGAUCUGGCAGAGGACAGAAAUUAAGUGGAGACCAAAUAACUUUGCCAACUACAGUUGAUUAUUCAUCAGUUCCUAAACAGACUGAUGUUGAAGAGUGGACUUCCUGGGAUGAAGAUGCCCCCACAAGUGUAAAGAUUGAAGGAGGGAAUGGGAAUGUAGCAACACAACAAAAUGCUUUGGAACAACUGGAACCUGACUAUUUUAAGGACAUGACACCAACUAUAAGGAAAACUCAGAAAAUCAUUAUUAAGAAGAGAGAACCAUUAAAUUUUGGCAUUCCAGAUGGUAGCACAGGUUUCUCUAGUAGAUUAGCAGCUACAUAAGAUAUGCCUUUUAUUCAUCAAUCUCUUGAAUUAGGUGACUUAGAUACUUGGCAGAAAAAUACCAAUGCAUGGGAAGAAGAAGAAGAUGCAGCCUGGCAAGUAGAAGAAGUUCUGAGGCAGGAGAAGAUAGCAGACAGAGAAGAGAGAGCAGCAGAACAACAGAGGAAGAAAAUGGAGAAGGAGGCACAGUGGCUAAUGAAAAAGGAACAGAACAAAAUUGGCGUGAAGCUUUCAUAACAGAUGUUCUUCACGUGUCAUCGUGCCAGUAGGAGAAAUGUGAGCUCCACAACUCAAGCAGCAUUUAUAUGGAUAUAAGAGUAUUUUCAGAAUACAAAUACAUUGCUUGAUUUUUAAUGCAUUCAUCAGACCAUCUAGGACACCAGGAUUCUCUCAGAGUACCUUGAGCUCUUAGUGAUUGAGACUCAAAAAAAAAAAAAAAAAAAAGACCUACAAGUCAAUAUUUUUUUUCAACAUGCUCCAAGUGUAAGACAACUGUUUGCUGUAGAGAAAUUAUUACAAAUGGAAUAUACCAGUACCUCUUCUAGUUAGUGUUUCUAGCUAAAUAUAUGGGUGUAAAUAAUUUUAUGGCGGGAAAGGACUCCGCUCUCUAUAAUGCUUUCUUUCAUUGUGCAUAAUGAUAAAAUAAA